GGGGCAGAGCCAGGGUCCUCUGCCGGCUCCGCGUCGGUCUGGCGCUCCAGGCUCUCGGCUCUCCAUCGGCCAUGGCUCCUAAAGGUGGCUCCAAGCAGCAGUCCGAGGAAGACCUGCUCUUGCAGGAUUUCAGCCGCAACCUCUCGGCCAAGUCCUCUGCGCUGUUCUUCGGGAACGCAUUCAUCGUGUCCGCCAUCCCCAUCUGGUUAUAUUGGCGAAUAUGGCAUAUGGAUCUUAUUCAGUCUGCUGUUCUGUACAGCGUGAUGACCCUAGUAAGCACCUAUUUGGUAGCCUUUGCAUACAAGAAUGUAAAGUUUGUUCUCAAGCACAAAGUGGCACAGAAAAGGGAGGAUGCCGUUUCCAAAGAAGUGACUCGAAAACUUUCUGAAGCUGAUAAUAGAAAGAUGUCUCGGAAGGAGAAAGAUGAAAGAAUCUUGUGGAAGAAGAAUGAAGUUGCUGAUUAUGAAGCUACAACAUUUUCCAUCUUCUAUAACAACACUCUAUUCCUGGUCUUGGUCAUUGUUGCUUCCUUCUUUAUACUGAAGAACUUCAACCCCACAGUGAACUACAUUUUGUCCAUAAGUGCUUCAUCAGGACUCAUCGCCCUCCUGUCUACUGGCUCCAAGUAGACCAUGUCAGCUUAGCCCCCUGACUUUGUAUCCAUGAGUGGCCUGUGGUAUAUGGAAAAGUAGCAGGGUGGUCAGGGUGGGAGGUGCACAGUGUUUUUAAUAGUCUGGAGUUGGAGGGUUUAAAAAUGCAACAGAAAGUAAUUCAGUAUUUGUUUAUUGGCUCUUUUUGACAGUGUUGAAAUUAAAUGAAUUGAAAGGGAAACUCAGAGUACCAGGACAUUUAUUAAAAGGCAAGAAGUCUUGCAAUGUGCUAUAGUCACAAGAGGAGAAAAUAACUUGUUUCCUUGAUCUGUCAGAGGUCACAGUAACCUGGACUGAGCUGUUAUUACUUAUAAUAGGAGCAAGAAGCUAAUAACUUGUUCUCUGUGUUCCAAGCACAAUAUUAUAACUUUUUUUUGAAUUAUAAAUAUCAGAAUGAAUCCUCUUCUCAGGAGAUUGAGCAGAAGCCUCAUGUUUACAGGUCUCUGAAUUUGCAAUUU